GAGACGUCUCUCCCCCACUCCCCCUCCCCCCGCUUCCGACUGAAUAUAUUAAGAGGGGUCCUGGACACUAUUCCCAGCGGCAAAGGAAGAAACAAACAUGGCGAAUGGUUCUGUGGUGAUGAAGUCCGUAUUGGAUGUUGACGGAAAGCCUUUUGAUGUUGUCCUAUCGGACACAUCUUUGUCUUGGGGCCAUGUUGGUAUUGAGGAACACGGAUUAGGAAAUGCAUGCUUCAAGAGGUCAUUGCCUUUGUCUGAGGUUUUUGCCGUCAUUCCUCAUAAAUUCAAGGCAGAUCAAUUGACAGAAGGAGAAAUCGAGUUGACGUCACUGAAAAGUUCGUCAUUCUGUGUUUACGCUGUAAAAAGAACAAGAAAACAUAAAUGGCGGGAUAAAACAUUUGUGUUUGAUUGCGAUGAUACAUCUUUGUGUCAGGAAUGGAUUGAUAGCAUCCAAAAUAUCCUUUCAGGUUUUAACAGACCAAAAAGAUUACUUGUUUUUAUCAAUCCGGUUGGAGGAAAAAAACUUGGUCGAAAAAUAUACACAGAACAGGUGCAACCCUUGUUUGAACUAGCAAACAUAAAAGUUGAUAUCAUUGUUACUCAGAAAGCUAAUCAUGCAAGAGACUACCUUCUUGGAGAAGGUCUGGAGAAAAUUGAUGGGGUGGUCUCUGUUGGUGGAGAUGGUAUGUUUCAUGAAGUGUUAAAUGGUCUUGUCAUAAGAGCCCAGCAAGAUGCUAUGUUGGAUUCAACAUCACGCGACUUUCAGCCAGUACCUCUAAAUAUUCCCAUAGGAAUCAUCCCAGCAGGCUCAACAGAUGCGAUUGCUUUCUGCACAACAGGAAACAACGAUCCCAUAACAUCAGCCCUUCACAUCAUUUUAGGUGACAUUCAGCCUCUUGACGUCUGCUGUGUCAAGAAAAAGAAUGAAGUGUUGCGUUACAAUGUUGCCAUGGCAGCAUACGGAUUUUUUGGUGACGUCAUGCAGGAUAGUGAAAAACUUCGCUGGAUGGGACCUAAGCGUUAUGACUUGUCUGGCUUUAAAAAGUUCAUGUCAAACAGGGGUUACGACGGAGUGGUAACAUUUCUACCGGCUCCAGCUGUGGAGAACAGUCCUCAAGACAAGACCAGGUGCCGGUCUGGGUGCAAUGUAUGUAAUGAUGUCUGCGACUCCAGUCUACAACCAAGCUCUCGACAGUCCAGUGAAGGUUGGCAUUCCAUCAAAGGGCGCUUCAUCAGUGUGAUCGGAGCGAACAUCUCCUGCGCAUGCGCCAAGAGUCCUGAAGGUCUGUCGCCCAGUGCUCACCUGGCGGACGGUUGUUUGGACCUGAUUCUUGUUAAACACACGUCACGGUUGCAGUACCUCAGACACAUGAUCAGACUUUCGUCUAAAGCUGAUCAGUUUAACUUUGACUUCGUGGAAGUUCAUCGCGUUCGCGAAUUCUAUUUCCGACCCCUUGCUGAAGAGAGCGAGCUUGAGAACGAGACUGACGGUAUCGAGGAGACUGGUGCGAGAGAAGAUGACGAAGAGCGGCUGGCUGCCAAAACGUCAUCAUCUACGUCACGACCUCGUGCCAGGAGCAUAUGGAACGUUGAUGGGGAGUUGGUAACACAUCCCGCCAUUCACAUCAAGGUCCACCGCCAACUGAUUCGUCUCUUCGCCCGAGGAAUUGAGGAAUGCGAAGACACUCCCUCUUGUACAGUUUGCAAAAGACGAUAGAUUUAGUUUGCAUUUCAGAAUUAUUUUUAGCAAUUCUAUGCGUAUUAGUCUAUUAGCGGUUUUGUGACCGAGGUUAGGCCUGGACAGAUCUUUUUCAAUUCGACUUAGGUUCUCUUGAUGUAAAGCCUUAAUUUGCUAUUUACAAAUCAAUAUCAAUUUUCAUAAGAGUUUUUCAACCAAAUUAAGCUCAAGAAAGAUCUCUAUAAAUACAUGCUACAAAAAAGUAAAUAUUACAAUUCCCACUCGAAAAUAACAUAGCUAGUCGAGUCGGGAGAGACAACAGUUUAUAAUUACAUGUAAUGGACACGCUGAACGGGAAAAUCUUUUGUGGUUGUUUAAUCAACGUGUCAGAACUCACGUUUCCGAGCGUCACAGACGGGAACCUUUUUGAUACGUCUUUCCUUCGCACUACGUAUAUGGGUAUGGAAGUUCUGACCUUUACGACUCAGUGACUGGGCGAUCCUGACGUUACGGACGUGGUUAAGUGGAAUAUAAGAUUAGGUUAUUAUAAGAUUGAGAUAAUUCACAUUGCCUCACGAAUAUUCGUUCUUGUUUGCCUAUAAUGUACAGCCAAGAAGUACCUCGCUGCUUUAACCGAAGUAUUUUAUCACCAAGAACCAAGCAUUUUUGUUUUGUAAUUUUAUUCACCUCAUUCUAUUUCGUAAAUCCAAUUGAAUAAUUAAUGAUUUUGUAAGAUUCCAAACAAUUAUGCAAUGCGCGUCAGUGUUAGACGCGUUUCCGCUGUUGGGCUCGUGGAGGGCUUACUCUCUGGCUGACACAAACUGUUGGUUGAAAAUAUCAUCAGAAACUCUGCGGUUAUGAGUUUUAUUUAAUUUUAUAAAGGAAAUUAUAUUAUUGGGCUUGUACUGGGACAAAGUAUAGCAAAUUGGCUUACUUAACUCUAAAAUCAUCGCCCGUCAAAAGUGCUCCAUUAAGGUAUAGUGGCAAAUGCGAGUGUCAGUAAGUUAAAGUUUUUCUCGCCCGUGCCUCUCGAUUCUUCGUUACCGGUUAAGCCUGGGCACUAUUUCCGUUCUUAGGCCCCGCCGGCCGUAAGAAUCAAGUGGCCCUGGAGAGGAAGAUGCCCUCGGAUUAAAACUCGACAAGAGGGACUUUUUUGUCAACAUCGAUCGGUAUUUGUAGAACCACAGAAAUUCCACACAAGCUUAUUUGUGGAUAUUUAAUAGCUCAAAAUUAGCAAAAAAAAAAAUACCAUGGAUACACAUUUUAUUAUUUUUUUGGCUUAGCAAUAAUAACAGUGAAGCUUAAAUAGUUUGUCAGUAUGUAAGGUAAACAGGUCAAAUGUUGGCUGUCAAUUUAUUUUUGUUUGACAGUUCUUUUAAUAUAUUUUGCGCUGACAUCUGUGAAUUUCGAACAGCUUUGGCCAUGGGCCAGCUGUGAUGUCAACAUCAACGAAGUCAACAGAAAUGAUUUCUAUUUAGUUCUCGUUUUGUUUCUAGGUUUUCUUCUGGUGUUACAAGAAUUGUGUGAGAAUCAACUUAAAUUUCUGCCUAUCACAAAAUCUAGCGAUGAAAUACGCCUAUUUGAAGUGCGAAAUAAACGGAAAUUUGGCAUAUCUUAAGAAAAAAGACCCACAGAUUUUUUUUUCCUUUGGAGGGAAAGGGUUAUUGUGUUUUUCUUUUCAAUUGCAAAUUGGCCCUCUAAAUUAAUAACCACAACUCAAGUGGGAGUAAGGAGCCUUACUUAAAUUUCCUAUUUUUAAAACUGCUUUGCGUGAAAAAAUAAAUUAAUAUGAAAUGCUAGAGCGUCAGUUUUGACCAACUGAAUAUAUAAGUAGAAUUCUAGUUUGGACUUAUCUUGUCAGGAAUUUAAUGAUGAAAAAAUAAAAGAAAGACGUGGUUAUGUAAUGUCA